AUGUUGCAUAAACAGGUCAAACGUCCAGGGGUCGGUGUGGGGGUCCUGGUAACGGAUUCGGCCCAUCCAGGCUGUGUUCUUGUGGGGAAAAGAAAGACCGAAAUGGGCAAAGGAACCUUCCAGCUCCCCGGUGGUCACCUGGAGUUCGGGGAGUCGUGGGAGGCCUGUGCUCACAGGGAGGUCCUGGAGGAGGCGGGCGUGCGUCUGUGGGGCGUGCGCUUUGCUUCGGUGGUGAACUCCGUGAGGCUGGAGGAGGAGUACCACUACGUCACCAUCAUCAUGCAGGGCGAACUGGACCGGACACUUUCCGGGGAGCCGGAGAACCUGGAACCGGAGAAGAACGAAGGCUGGACCUGGACCCCCUGGGACCAGUUUCCCCCGGAGCCGCAGCUCUUCCUGCCUCUGGCCGGCCUGAGGCAGCAGGGUUUCAGUCCGUUCAGGAGCCCAAAAAGCUGA